AGCCAAUGAGGCGCAAGACCGAGCACAACGAGUAGUCGGUAACACACCCACACCACUUUCAGUCAACCACUUAGCGGGAGUUCAGCAGAGGCGGUGGAAGCGGCUCAUUACUCUUGUCGUUGCACGGACUCGUAAAUAUCAGAGCAACCAUGUCUGACAGGAAGGCAGUGAUCAAAAAUGCGGACAUGUCCGAGGAGAUGCAGCAGGACGCUGUUGAAUGUGCCACCCAGGCUCUGGAGAAGUACAACAUCGAGAAGGAUAUUGCUGCCUACAUCAAAAAGGAGUUUGACAAAAAGUACAACCCCACCUGGCACUGCAUCGUGGGCAGGAACUUCGGCAGCUACGUAACCCACGAGACCAAGCACUUCAUCUACUUCUACCUGGGCCAGGUGGCGAUUCUGCUCUUCAAGUCUGGCUGAGCCUCACCGCCAGCUCGCCUUUAAAUACUGACUGUACAGAGAGGCUGAUCACUCCUGUUCUGGGACUAGCCUUCUCUUGGCUGCUUCUCCUAUUGUUUCAAGAAAAUGGUUGUGUAAGGGGGAAAAAGACGAGUAAAAAAAAAACGUGUAUUUAUUUUUGUUUUCUAUAAACACAGGUUGAACAUUUUAUGUCACUUUUUUUUAAAUUAAAGCCAAUUGGUUUUGCUCUGUGGGUGGAUGCAAGGAUUUGUUUGGACACUAAGAGGGAGUGCUUUAAGCCUGAAAAUGCUACCUGUAAACCCAAGAUCUUGAGAAAUUCAAGAUGAAUUGGUAAAUGAUUGGAAGUUGGAAGGCUUCAAUAGAGACACACACUCAGGGUUGAUUAUAUUACUGUUGGUAUUAGUAUGUUGGCCUUACUGUUCUACAUAGACCUCUAGUGUGUCUCUUAAAUAAACAUUGAUGUGGCUUCACCA